UAAAUUUCCCAAAGGCUUGAUGGAUCCACAAAGUUUGGUGAGUUUUCCGAUAUAGUAACAUCAUAUCAACUAAAGGUUAAGACUGUUGAUGGGUAGGGUGUCCUAACUUUUUCUCCAGUAGGAUAUCAGUUUUUGUUAUUUUUUAAACAUGAGUAAUUUUACUGAGGUAAAUAAAAAAUGAGUAGAUAUACAUUUGUAAGCAAAUAAAAGCACAUUUAUUUUGAAAAACCUUUAUUAAUGGGAUAGCUACAUGUUUUUUUACAAUUGUAAAGAUCCUACAAGAGAAUAAGUAUGAAUGUUAACUGAACAACAAACAGGAAUAUUAGUGUUGAUUAUUUUUAAUCUUUGUUUAUUCUUCCAAUUCAAGGGGAGGUGGUCGGUCAUGAGCCGAUACAUGCAAAGCCAAGCUGAAAAGGAUGAAACUUCAGAUCCAAAGUACCAGAACCGAACCUCUAUGUUCCAUGAUGAGUUUAAAAAAGGCAACAUUUCCCUCAAACUGACCAACGUAAGCAAAGAGGAUGGAGGGAAUUAUACUUGCUUUGUUCCCAAACUGCAAAGUCAAGUCAGGAAGGGGAACGUUACUCUAUACGUUGGUGAAAAUGGAGCCCCAGACAUCGUGAUUGGUCCUGAAGGACCUGAUGGUGGAGUUAAUGUUGGUUGGGUUGUUGUUGUUGUUGUUGGUGGUUUUGUAUUACUCAUCCUCAUCUUCAUCACAAUCUGUGUUGUUCGUCGCCCCAGAGAUUCUCAACGCUGGAGCAACAACUCUCGAAAUGAAGAAGUGAGAAAUGAUGGAGAGAUGGAAACAGAACAAUUCCAGAAUCACAGAGGAAACAGUAACCAAGGAGACGAAGCUGAACCUUUACAGAACCAGGAAGAACCAAAUCAAAGUGUGUGAAUCAUCCAUCCUGAUCUGAAAUCUCUUCAACUUGUUGGUAUAAAAACUGGUAGAACUGUGAAUAAUAACAAAAAACUGUGUGAAUUAAAACCAAAAGCAAGUCCUUCAUAUUAGAUCAAAGAUUUAAUUAUUUUAUUUUUAGAUUAAAAAGGAUGAAGAAUCAUGUUAAUUAAAAAAGAACAUUUUAAGUCCAUAAAUGUUUCUGUAGUUUAGAGUUUCUUAUUCAACUUUUGAAAACGGAUUUUUCUUGAAAAGUAUUUUUAAUAGAUAUAAAAGUUGACAGAUUUGAUCCCCAGUUUGAUCCUAAAAAAGGUUUUUAAUUUAAUUUUUCUCAGUGAAUCUUAAUUUUAAUGCUCUUGUUACAUAAAUAACCAAAUAUUUAUGGAUUUUAUUAUAACUUGUUGUCUAGUUUUUUUAAUUUAUGAAUCAGCAGUAAAUUCAUUAGUUCACCUUUUCUACAACAUCCAGCCCCCAGUAGUGAUGUAUAUUUAUUAUUCCCUCCUUAAAACAGAAACCUUAAAAAAUGUGCAAAAAAGAAUAUUUUGAUAUUAUAUUUUUAUAAACAUCCUUGUAGUUACAUUAUGUCAGAUUGUUAUUAAAAUAUGUUCUCAGGGGUUAUUUAUUAACAUAGAUAAUUAUAAAUUGAUCGAUUACUUUGAAAAUUGACCCAACAGAUUGAAUAUUAACUUUAUCUUGUAAAUCAGCUGCAGUAACUUUUUCAUUUCAGACUCUCAGAUUGAAGAAGGUAGAGAAGUUUUGUUGAUGAAUGUUUUAUGAUCUGGUCAGAGUAAAGAUUGUUUAUAAUUAACUUUGCCACUUGAUUGGUGAUGAGUCACCAUGGAAACACAAACCAUACAAACACAAGAUAUAGAAAUAUAUAUAUAUAUAGAUCUAUAUAUAGAUAUAGAUAUCUAUAUAUAUAUAAGAUCAGAACAUAAAGAAAUGUCUCUUAUUUCUGGAGGUUUAGAGCUGUUCUUCUUUAAUCUGGUCCUGGUAAAUUAAUCAUCUGUUCAUUUGAUCAGAUAUAUGAAAGACAACGAGUCCAAAGGUCAAAGGUUGAGAAACGAUGAUUUAUGGUGAAGUGAAUCAAACUCUUCAGGUUUCCAGAGUCUCUUAUCUUUGUCUAACUUUGGUCCAGUGAUCUGCACACAUUGAGAAAAAUCCAUUUGACAUUUAUACUUUCAAACCGAUGAGCCUUUUUUAAAUUAAUCAUCUUGAACUGAGCCUGGCUUCAUAUUGAUGUUUAAUGUAGGAAUAAAUGUCUGCUGCAAAGUUAAAGACUGUGAAUAAAACGGUGAUAUUUAUACUUUAUACUAACAUCUCAGAAAUCAAAUGGCUCUUAUUUUAAAAAUCAGGUUUUUCAAUUAACCAACAUCUAAAUCCAAUAUGGCGGCUCUCCAGGGUUACCAACUCAAAUCUUUCUGGAGAGAUUGAAGUUGUUCGUCUGUUUUACACAGUGAAUGAAUAAAUGAAUAAAAGGACAAUUCAUUUUCAAUAGCUGCAUAAUUAUAAUAGAAACUGUAAAAACUUUUCAAUGCAGGAUUUUUUUUAAACAACUUAAAAACAAAAACAAACAAAAUACUUUCUACAAAGUGAAGGUUUUGGGGCCUGAAUUAAAAGGUUUUUGUUCGAACCAAGUUAUUAUUAAAAAGCCAUUUUUAUAGUAAGAGGCAUGUUUUGUUCUUUUGUUGACUUUUGUAAAUAUUAUAUAUUAUUUCUAUCAGAAUCUGAUAUUUUUAUUUUGUCUGGUGAAGUUUUACUUUGCAACUCAAAGUAAAACUGGAGGGAGACAUCUAGUGGUUAAAUCAGAGUAUUACUCUGAUAAAUCACGAGUCUUUAUUGGGAUGUUGAUGCCAAAUUUAAUAGAAAAUGUGAAACAUGAUUGUGUUCAGAUCUACAGAUCUGUUUAUCUUCUAGUUGGAAGUUGUUCAUUUAUCCUAAACAAUAUUAAACUGCUGUUGUCACAUUAAAUAUGUAAAAAGUCAAACUUUAUAGUUAUUAUGAUUAUUAUAAUCAACAUUAUUACAACAUUAUUCAAAGUUCUAAACAAUAAAGAGUUUAAAACAAAUCAGAUCAAACAGUUAAAACACAAAGAAACUCAAUAAAAUAAAACAGGGUGAAUAUAAAUAACUUUAAUUUAACCUUAGAAUCAUUCAAAGAACAUUCUUGUCUGAUGUCUUAAAAUCAAACUGUUCCUCAUGAUGAUGAGGCACAAAAGGAGAAAACAUUCUCCAGACGGUUUCUUCUGGUUUUAGAGUUUUUAAAAGGUCAGAGUUUGUAAAAGGUCAGAGUUUAUCAAAGGUCAGAGUUUAUCAAAGGUCAUUGUCUGGAGAUGGGAGAACAUGAGACAUAAAACUACAGAAGAUCAGGAAACUUUAAAUCUUGUAAAUAAACAGCAAAACAUCAAAGUUUGUUUGAACUUAAAGCAACCAGUGAAAAUAUUACAGAAGCAGAAAUGUGAACAUAUUUCCAGGUUUUGGUAAAAAUGUUAUCAGCCACAUUUUGAAUCAUCUGCAGAUCAUAAAACUUUUCCUCAGUAACCAGAAAGCAGAACAUUACAGUAAACGAUGCAUGAAAACACAAAUGGAUGAAUAAAAACCUCUUCAGAUCCACCACUGCAUUAUUAAAUGAUAAAACUUUUAAAUUCACCAAAAACAUUUAAGUUUAGAGAUGAUCAAAGCUGCUCCUUGUUAACUCUUCAAUGAGAAGGAUUGAACCUCACAACCAAAUUAUUGACCUUAUUACUGCAUUUAUGACAAUUUUUAAAGUAACAUUUUGGAACAAGUGAAGUUUCUGAGCUGCAACCUGAUUGCAGAUAAACAAGAUAAAACAAGUCAACAGUUUUUAUAUAUUAAAGUCACAAACCUGCAGAUCAUCAGAUCAACAUUAAAGAUGCACAGAAGAAAAUUAUUAGAUUUAUUAAUAUGUAGAAACCUGUUUGUGGAUAAACUCUAAACUCCAUCUCUAGUUUUAGCAGAUUCUCAACUCAGGGAGAAACUUUCAGAGAUUAAUGCAGGUCAUAUACUGAGUAUGUUUACAUUUGAAUAUUGUUUAUGUUUGUAGGUUUUACCAGCAAACAAUAAAACUGUCUUUAAAUCCUGAGAUGAACUAAAUAAACUGUCUUGAUGAGCAGCUAUAAAACAGCUGAAACACUUUAUCUCUGUUAAGAGCUGCUUUGGAAACAUUACAAAUAAAAUGAUUAAAUGUUAAAAUGUAACGUUUCCAUUGUUGACUGUUUUUGUACUUUUGUGUUUUUAUGAGGAAAAGCAGCUUGAAAUGCUUUGAUGAUGAAGUUUAUUCCAACUAUAUAAAUAAACUUGAUGGAUCAUUUUAUGAUAGGUUAGUAGGUUGAGAUUGUUUGUUAUGUUUGAGUUAAAUAUCUGAUAUUUAAAUAUCUGGUGUAUUUCUGGUGAAGUCAUGAUUUGGGGAGACAAACAAAUAAAUAAUAAACAAAUAAAUAAUAAACAAAUAAAUAAUAAAGACAAAGACAGUGGAUGCUGGUCAAGACAAUUAUUGGGAUUUUUAGGGAGAUUUUCACUUUCUUCAUAUUAUUUAAAAUAUGAAGAAUUAGUUUAAAUAAUAAUGAGAUUGAAUAGAGGUUCGAAACAAACUGUGAGUUGGUGAUUAAACUGAAAUGUCACAUUACUAGUAAACAUGCUCCACUAAACCAAAGAAAUUAGACAAAUUAUUUUUUGUGUGUUUCAUUCUUUGUUUUUGUUUAGAGCAUCAAUAAAUGUUUUUUAUGUUUAAUGUGAACUGAUGUUAAACUUUGACUCUUGUUAAUAAAAACCCUUUAAAUCAU